AUGGACAUACUCGACGAACUCGCCAAGCCUGAAAUACCUUUCCAAACCUUGCUCGACAAACGCAACUAUUCCCUCUGCAUGCGUCACCCCCAAUUCUAUUUCUCAGACGGGAAUGUUACCUUUCUUGUCGAAUCCGUACUAGUCCGAGUGCAUCGCUAUUUCUUCCAACGAGAUUCCCCCGUCUUCGCCUCGAUGUUCUCUCUUCCCCCGCCUCCAGGGGAAGGUCCAGAGGGAGCUUCCGACGAGGGCCCAAUAGUGCUGGAAGGAGUGAAGCUCGGGGACUUCGAGCGUUUCCUGUCAGUCCUAUACCCCAAGGAUUUCCAUAGUGGAAACACAUUAGCUACAGAAGGUUGGAUAUCGACCCUCAAGCUAGCGUCCUUGUGGCAAUUCACAUCAAUCACCAAACUCUCCCUAUCCAAGCUCACCAAACUCACCUCUACUUCCCCAAUCGACCGUAUUCACAUCGCGAGGCAAUUGUCUCCCUGCAUCCCCGAACUCAGCACCUGGUUCAUGACCGCAUACUUAGAUCUGUGCACCAGAGACGAACCGUUGAAUUUGGAAGAGGGCGAAAAAUUAGGGAUGAAAGACGUCAUUCGGAUCGGGGUGGUCAGGCACCAUAUUCGAUUCGUCAAGGGGAGCGAUUUGGACAGGUCGAAAGACAUGGUGCUACUCCUCGUUGCACAGACCUGGGGGAAGGAUUUGUACCAUUAA